AUGAAGUUCAACAAACCGGAAAAUUUGAAGUUGUCCGGAAGCUUAGCGGAAAAUUUCAAAAUUUUUAAAGAUGAAAUAACAGUGUUUUUUGAAGCGACGGAAACCACAAGUAAGCCAAUGAAAACUCAAGUUGCCAGAUUAUUAAAUUUGCUGGGCAUUGAGGGGUUAAAGCUGUAUAGGUCAUUCAAAACAGACAAUACCAAAGAAACAGUGGAUUCUAUUCUACAAGUAUUAGAAGAAUACUGCACCCCCAAGCGCAAUGAAGUUAUGGAGCACUUCAAGUUUUUCACAAGAAAACAAUUACCAGAGGAGAAUUUUGACAAGUAUUUAUCAGUACUUAGAAAUUUGGUAAAAACUUGCAGUUUCGGGGAAAUAGAAGAUAACUUACUACGAACAAAGGUAGUAUUGGGAGUGGCAAGCAAAGAGCUACAGGCAAAAUUGUUAAGGAGUGAUUUACCGUUCGAAAAAACAAUCAAAUCUGUCGAACAGACGGAAACCAAUUGCAAAAUGUUGGCAGACGAUCAACCACAGGACAUUGACUACAUGGAGCGACAGAAGGGAUUCAACAAAAAGGGAAUAUGGAGCAGAGGAAAAGAACAACAGGAGCAGCAAUCGCAGAAACAAACGGUAUUUAAUUGUAAUAAAUGUGGUAGGCGUCACGGUAUAAAAGAAUGUCCAGCAUAUGGGAAAGUAUGUAUGAAUUGUAAAAAACAAAAUCAUUUUGCGGCUAAAUGUAGAAAUAAUAAAGAGGUUGAUAUGGUGGAGUGUGAGGACCAAAUAUGUGAAUACUUAUAUCUGGAUGAAAUACAGAAUAAAAAUAGCAACACAUGGGUGGAAAGGAUAAAGAUAAAUAACAAAGACUUUGAAGUUAAAAUAGAUACGGGUGCUCAAUUAAAUGUUAUGCCACAAACAUGUUUUAAGUUAUUAGGUGUAAAAUUGUUAAACAGUAAUGUAGUAAUUAAAGCUUUUGGUGGCACCCAGAUUAAAUCUAAGGGUAAAAUAAAUGUAAUUAUUGAAAAUAAAGAGAAAAAAUUAGCUACUACAUUUGAGAUUGUUGAAUAUAACGGAAUGCCAAUAUUAGGUUAUAAAGAUAGUGAAGGAUUAAAGUAUACAAUGAGUGAAAUUGAAGAAAUAGAAUUAAAGGAAAAAUUUAUAAAAAAAUAUAAGAAUGUAUUUAGUAGAAUAGGAACUUUCCCAGACAAAGUGCAAAUUAAAUUAAAAGAAUUUAGUGUACCUAUUGCAAAUAACCCUAGAAGAGUUCCAAUUAAAUAA